UCGUCGGAAUUUCCUUGAGACUGGACGAGAGCGAGCGAGCGAGCGAGUGAGCAAGCAAGCUAGCGAGCAAGCGAGCGAGCCAGCCAUGGUUUCCUACUACGCUUCACGGAUGAGUCAGUCGGUCGGCAUGAUUCCGCGGGUUAUUCGUGGCGGGAGCGGAGACAGCGUGUACGCUCCCAGCCUAAAAUAAGGCCCGGCCAAGUCCUCACAAUCGGACAUCAUCUCCGCGUCGAAUCAACCCUUGGAGCCCCCGCCCUUCCCGGAACUAUCGACGAUUUAGCGUCCACGCGUGGUGCACCGACAUCGAUCAUCGUCGCAGCACGCGUGUUAAAUUGCGAUUAACUCUCAUACUAUCGUAGCAACUAUGAAAAAGCUCAUUUUACGCACGAAAUGCGCGAAACAAUUUUUCAGAAGACUGACGACAGCAUUGUUGCCUGUAGUAUUGCACAAUGCAAUUGUCUUACUUUCAUUCACGAUUUAUAUUUAGGUAACAUGACGACAGACUGAUAACUGUGUGGUUACCGAUAAUAAGAUACUUCCCGAAUUCGAACGACUAAUCACAAAUACGUCUAUGCACUCAUCCUUAGUCACAACGAACGUCAACAGAUCUUCGUCCGACAUCAGUGACGUCAUAUAUAUUGACUUUACGUCAACGUAAAGAUUCACGGAAAAGUGUAUCGCACUGAUUCGGAGAUUGCCGACAACGGAAAGAAAACAAAUGUCGUACUACUUUAAAAAAAAAAACCUACUGAUGAGACUAAUAAUCUUCGAACUCCAGUAAUUCUGGAGAAAUAUAAGAGUAUGUAAGAAUCGAUUACGCUCAAAUGACGAAGCAGACUAGAAUUCUGAGAGUUUGAGAUACAAUAUAGAUACGAAACUUUAAAUUAUCAUCAACCUUUGGAUAUAUACGAGAAUUGAAGUUAAAGAACUUUUAAAAAUGAAAGGCCAAAUAAACUCUCUAGUUAAAAAUCAUAUUCAGGGAUUCUCCACAAGUAUAUUAAAAAACUGGAAUAUAAUGAUUUCAAAAGAUAGAAUCAAAACGUCGUAAAAUACAAACAAUUCCAAAAUAUCUCACAUGUGGUUCUAAUACACCAUGACGUACAGGAAGUUUUAGGUUACCCGCAUUUCAUUUUAUCUACACAUCCUUUGACCACUUGGUAUCGAUCUAGAAGGAAAUGUGGAAAAACCCCGGAAAUACCAUUCUCCCAUAUUUACACGGAAAAAAAUCUCAGUCCAUGUGGUUGAAUGGGACAAGAGAACCAAACGAGAACUCGUGACGAGUGACGAGUGACGAGAAAUAAUAUUUCUUUGUUACCACGACCAAAAAAAUUCGUUUGAACAUUCAACUGCGUUAAAAAACUCGGUUAAGAUAAUCAAGAACGGUUGAUUGAGUAGAAAUCUCCUACAGGGAUCUUUCUGUCCUUAUGACCGAGUUUUCAUCUAAUUCUCAGACAAUUGAAAUUCAGUUACACUAACGGAGUUUUCCUCUGUGUGAGAUAAAAAAUCUCACAAAAAAAAGAAGACUACAAUUCGAGUAACCAGAUAAUCUGAAAAUGUUAGUACGCUUCAUCUGUUUCGAUCAGGUUUCAAUCUGCAGUUUGCGAUGCUCAAUUUUCAACAUGUAGUCCGAUACGGGCUUAACAACGCGUUGGAACAACGAUGCUCUUUGUUUAAGACCCAGGAUCGUCAACGAGAAGGUCGGGAAAGGGCGAAGAUCGAUUUCAUUCGACAGACAGUUAGCGACUCUUGAUUGAACGCAGACGAUAUGGCGAUCGGCACCUCAGGGUCGUGCGUACUGCUCCGACAGUGAGUCAUACUUAACCGCAUCAGGCGUCGAUAUCAACGACAUUUACGAGCGUAUGUUCGACACGCGUCCUUCUAUUGGUCAUCGAAUGACGUGCGAUUGAAAACGACGGGGAACGCGCAGUAAGGGGGCGCGGUAAGGAAAAAAUACCAACUCGAAACCGUCUCUACCAAUUCCUGCGAACCAAGUUCCUCUAUCACUCUCCUCUGCACGCCGUAAUUUGUAGACCACGUGUCUCACCUUCCGCGCGGAAAAGACACCGCCGUUCAUUAUCAUAUUGGCGUGUGCGCGUCUUUCAGUAUCCUUGCCCGCGUGACGUGACGUGUCGCAUUUAAUAAUUAUUACUGCAUUGUCAUAUUCGCGUGACGUAUACGCGCAAUUCUUACGUUGUUUUGCGCGCGCGGUUCUCACGUACGUUUUAAUCCAUUGCAUGCUAUUGGCACAUUGCCUUUCAUUGACCAUAUAUUUACUUACAGUACAGCUACGUUCUUAAAUGGAAAUAAAAAAAAAAUCUAUAUCAUCGUUGAUGUAAAUUCAAUCAAGAAUGAAGAACGAGAAAAAUUCCGGUUUCCUUAGUCAUUCCGUGGCUGCUAUGGAAAUGCACGACCUUCUUGGUCGGCAGCCGGUUAAUUAAACUUUCGAGAUACGCGAUUGCAUCAUAAUUUGCAAUUAAAAAUAUAUAUCGUUCGAUAAAGUCCGACAGCUAGGAAAAUGACUGACGAUUCCGCGAUCUAAUACAUCCGGCGUGUUUGUCGAGAGUAUUGUAAAUAAGAUUUCUAUCAGUUAGAGAGUAGUGAUUCGCAUUAUAUUGUGCUCUACUUUUGUAUCUGCGUAGAUACUACGCAGAUCUUAUCUUUGAAGAAUGAUACGUAAUUCCUAAUGUAUGUACUGUAAGAAGUUGGCGAUCGUUUCGCGCUCGCUAUAUUUCAGCGCAUUAAGCAUGUUUCAGAUUUAUAAUUCACGACAGAAUUCUAUCUUUAAGAGAGCACUCGAAGAAUUGAAAUGACGCUUAUAGAUGUGUAUGCACGCAUAUUUAAUUCUGUCGCAAAUUAUAGAUUGACUGAAGCAGACCUUGCUUGUGAGAACAAUCGCAAGUUGCGAGUACUGAAUUUGUUAAUUUUGUCGUUAAAAUCAAUUCUAAAACUUGGGCCCAUUAUACGCGAUUUCGAUGACUCGCGAGGGUAUCGCCUAAACAUUAAUUAUUAUUAUUAUGUUUUUAUCAAUUUUUAUUAUUGUGUUUUAAUUUAUUAAUUAUUAUUAUUAUAUUGCGUUUUUAUCGACUCAGCGGAAUAAAUCCUCCGACUUAUUUAAAUCUCCAUCUAAAAAGUUUGGACUAUUCCAGGAUUGAUUAAUAGGCGCAUUGAUGGAUAUAGAAAUAAGAGCGUGUCUCUCGAUCUCCAAAUGUGAAGAUACAAAUAUUCGAGGGUCCUAUUGAAUGAAAGAACGAGAAUUAUCGAUUCAACUAUGAUACUUCUCGAAUCAAAAGAAAAAACUGAGAACUGUGAACGUUAAAUCAGUCAGAAAGACCUGCGUUACUUUACUAAUAAUAACUAUAUUCCAAAUUUAUCUUUACGCAGCAACGAAGUCACCGUUGAUUGCGCUUUUUUUAGUUCCCGUUAAGCCAAUUUAAAGAUCCAGGAGCAUCUGAAGAAUUUUGAAAUGAAAAAAAUGCAACAAUACUGGAGAAUGAAGAUUGCAAACAUUCAAAGGCUUAGGAAAUUUUAAUGCAAGUCAAGAAUCUCUUAACGUGACUGAUUAGAAGUGCAUUACCUCCUCGCCAUAGAAAAGGAUCGUCGAGUGAGUGUGUAACUAGGAAAGAAUGUCAAGAUACAUAGACUUUGAGAUCCGAGAAUCUAAAUAUACUCCGUGUGUCAUUUGUUCGAAAUGUACAUGCGGAACAGUUUACAAAUUCCAUGCUGGAGCCGCGCGACGUCGCUCGCGUACACAAUGACGCGAUCUUCCUAAGGAUCCUUGAUCGCGGUGAUCGCGAUCUAGCACCGCAGGAGACCUUGAAAUUGAACGGAAAAAAAAAGGAACAAAGCUUAUGACGUUUCGUCGUAAGCAUAAUAAACGUUUCGCUCUAACAGAUUACUCAUUGGCAUCGAAGGAAUUUCCAUGCGUGAAUCCUUUGAUGUUUAGGUCUUUAGAUCAUUCAUUCCUGGAGUCUGAGUCCACAAGCUUAAUCCGAUCUGAUUCAAUCGGGUAAACGAUUCCAUACCUGGAUGUGGAGAUUGUAUGAUGAGUCGAAAGUUUACCAUUUGACUAAUUUAUAUAGCAAGAAAACAUUACAUUGAAUCCAGAUACUGUACAACAAAAAUUUUAUACAAAGAAGGCGAUGGAAGAGAGACAAUCUGACGAAGUUGGACCAAAAGUUCGAUAAGCUCGUUGGAGUUUCGGACCAACAAUCGUCAGAACGUCUUUAGUAUAUACCCUUUGACAGGGCACCCGGUAUAUGAAAGAACUAACUAGCUGCAUCGCCGGCCGUGGCCUGCGUAAAGAAUUGUACGCGCUCGCGUCUGGUCGCGUACUCUCGGAAACGCUCGGCCAACGAUUCACGACGUCAGCGUCGGGGACGGCGACGGCGGCGGCCGGCCAAUCGGUGCGCCACGCGAUGACUCAUCCUUGCCGGGCCUCAUGUAAACUCUCUCGUGCCGUUUAGCCCGCAGUAUCCCGCCAAUCGUUGCAGGAUCGUGAUCUUUGUCGCGGGUAAAAGACUAGUAAGCGAGAAUUGAACUCACUUGCGCGCUCCUGGCGCCAGGACCAUUUGUUUUGGAUUUUGUGUGUCAAAUGUGUGAGGUGAAACACGGUACGCGCUGACAGUGUUGAUUAAACAUGAGGAUCAGGAAAGACGCGCCUUGCCUCGUGCUGCGACUGGUACCGUUCGAGAAUCUCGAUUCCUGGGGUGGACACCGCGAGUUUCACAGGCGACACCGGGAACUAUGCGAGGACACGCUUUUACCGAGCGGCGGUGGCAACGGCGGCGGCGCCGAUCCCUCAGCGACGACGGUGAGCGGCUGCACGAGUCCUGGACUUGGUUGUCCCGUGCUGAGCGUCUCCGUUUUACCCACACCACAACCUGCCGAUAUCGACAGUCACCCGGCGUCCCGUGUGCUGCCUUUCCUCUACCUCGGUAACGGCAGGGAUGCCGCUGACCUGCAACUACUGCGCGCGCUCGGCGCCACCCGAGUGCUAAACGUCACCUCGCAGCUGCCCGGCUACCACGAGGAACGGGGUAUCACGUACAGGCAGAUACCGGCCUCAGAUUCCAGUCAUCAGAAUCUAAAGCAGUACUUCGAGGAAGCGUUCGAUUUCAUCGAGGAAGCGCGAAAAGCCGGCAGCAGCGUGCUGGUACAUUGUCAAGCCGGCGUAUCGCGUAGUGCGACGAUCGCCAUUGCCUACAUAAUGCGGCACAAAGGUCUGUCAAUGGUGGAGGCGUACAAGCUGGUGAAGAACGCGCGUCCGAUCAUCAGUCCGAACCUAAAUUUCAUGGGCCAGCUGCUGGAACUCGAGCAAGGUCUGAGAGCGUCCGGCGGCGUCGGGAGCUCUGGAGCGUCGGAAGAGCCCACGACGGGUUGUCAUCAGUGUAGGUGGAGUCACCAGUCCAACAGCGAAGAGGUCACCUCCGGCUGCAGCGUCUGAGACCAGGUCCUCUUGUAUCUCCUUUUUCUUGGUGCCUCUUGAGAAAGAGAGAGUUAUCAAUCGAAUCAGCGCUAGCGUCAACGCGCGUUCCACAAACAUAUCUCGAGGCCGAGCGCGAGUGUCGACGAACGUUCUUCCUGCGCCUCUUCGCGACGACGACGACGACGACGACGACGGAGCCGGUAGAUCGCGACAUUGGAUAGUCAGCCGUCUUUACAAAACACGGAACUGAAAUGCAGGGAAGAUUCCGCGAGCCACAAAAGUUCUCUCGAUAUCGCUCACCGAAAUACCUGAAAGCGGAUCCGCUAAACGGAAAGCGGAGUUUCGUGUCUCUGUCGAGCUUCAUAUUUUCCAACAUUUUAAUUUAUCUAUGUUUCGCAUUGUCUAAACAUUGUUGAUUCGAGAGAUCUUUACAAAGUCAAUAUAAAUCUUGAGAUUUCCUGCGCCAAACGAUACGACUGUCCAAUUGAAAAUCCGAUCAGAUUGCCGUUCCGACAACGCGACUUAUUAGUCAAAUCGAAGGGAUGGACGACGUACGAGAGAAGCAUGUCCAUAUUCUUACGAGACUCGAUUUAUUAUCGCUGCUGAAAGUUAUUUUGUGCCACAUGUCGAUUCACGCAGGGAGUUUUUCUAUCGCGGAGAGGCGCAAGCAAAGUGACAGGGAGUGUAUUUUGCGGGAGUAACUUUGAGCGCGUGCUCUCUCUUCGAUAAUGAACAGCAGCGCGUCGGAAAACGUUCGCACGAACAAUGAACGUACUUGUACUUACAACACAGUGUUCCCUAAACACGUCUGGUCGAGUCAACGGAGAGGCAAGUCAAACGUGUGAACCGUUUGUUGUCGAGCUUCUUAAAACUUGUUAAAGCAUGCGAUCGAGCAUUGUUUACAUAAGAGGAAGCGAAGAAGAAAGAUGCGAUAUUGGCGACAAGUGUUCACUCGAAUAGAUUGAGCGAUUACAGGCAGCUUUUGUAAUCUGGAGAGAAAUUUGAAGAAAAAGAUGUUACCAAAUGAAAAUUUAUCCUAGUUAGACGAAAGAACGAUAUUAAUUAUUAAGUCCGUUUUUACUAAUCGUUGAAAUAUCAAGAUUUAAGAUUAUAACUCGCGAUACGAAAGAACAAUUGGAGAUAAUGUAGCCAUCCAUCGGAAGUAAAUGAAUCAAAAAAUUUACACGCGUACGUGAAACUUGUAUUCUUCCUUCCUUCCUACCAGAUGAGAUAACGCAACACUAGCUUGAAACAGACAAAUUGUCUCUCUAUUGACUUCCUACGAACCAGGCACGAAGUUUUGCUAGAAGAAUAAUCGUCCGCACGGAGAAGAUAGCCGUCGAAUAAAUGUGUACGGGGUGUCUCGGAGAAGAAAUAACGAGAUUCUAUGAACUGUAGACGGAGUUACUUUCGUAAUGAUCGACCUUCAAUAGUAAGUAAAAAAAAAUGCGAAAGAAUUUUUAAUAAGAUUUUAUUUUUGCAGACAAAAAUAAGAAAUCAUCUAUUAUUGAUUUUAUAUAUACGUGCUUUUUUAUACAAAAUUAAAUUAUAUUUGAUAAAAGGAUAACCAAUUCUAAAUAGGAGAAAUGGGAAGAUUCUAAAAAGAGGAGAAUGGGAGAAUUCUUAGAACAUAUCUCCGAGCUCUUAAUGUACUUCCUUUCUCGGGACACCUUACACAUCAGAAUCAUGUAAAUCGGAAUGUUAUUUUAAUGAUGAUUCUCUCUGGGUAAAGAAAAAAAUUUUGUUUAUUAAAUAAGAUAGAAACGAUCAUUAAUUAGUGUCGUUCAGGUAAAUUAAAGAGUGAGAGGCAGCGAGAGCGAAAGAUGGAAAGAGAAAGUGACAAAAGUUAGAGUAGGGGAGAGAACUGACAUAUUGGUAUGAUGGAAGCAAAUCGAUCGAGAUCGUUAAUACGAACGGGAGUUCACCUGUUUACGCCUAUAUUUCGAUUGCAAUGCGAUUGAUAUUUGAUAAAAAAAAUAAUAUAUCGUUCACUGAAGAUACAGUUUAGUUCGUUAAGCUCCCUAGCAUUUAAGGAUCUGGUUGAGGUCCAACCAUCAUGAUCUAGUCGUUUGUUGGGAUGAUGAUACGUACGCGAUGCGAAUACGAGACGAGAAACGCGAGCAAAGCCGCUCUGUAACUUACACAGAACUUGGAGAGGUGGAGUAAUUAUAAGAUUGUAAUUAUUAGACGAUAAGAUGUAAACCGUGAUGGACAUUGACGCGCUUGGGGCGCUGAAAUUUCUUGCUUUUGUCCCUGUGAGAAAAAGAAAUGCACGGCGAAUUUUGGAAAAAGUACAAAUUCAUAUUAGAGAGUUCACAUAUUUGAUGAAAUCUAAUCGCCCAAAUUCCAAAGAUUGACUUAAGAGUUCAAUUCCGUAUUUUAGUUAUAUUCUAAUUUCCUACUUUCAGUCCUGCGAUUUCUCGACAAUGACCGAUGAGAGGAAUUAACUGAGAUCACGCUCAACAUCUCAAUUUCGAAAAUCUGUGUGACACAACAAAUUUAUCUCUCUCUCUCUGUCGGUUUCCGUCACAAUUUGAUUUUCUUAAUCAACACAUGUAAACGCCCCAUGCACGUUCAUCCAAACGAAUCGCCUUUAUACAUACGACCAAGCACGACGCGAGGAGUGUUCAAAAGAACAACGCUUUCGCGUGAAUGUUGCGGCACCGUUUGCAGCGUGUGUGAACGAUAUGUGAGAUGCCGGCGUAUGACUACGAUCUCACUUACGUUAAAACGACCAACGAAAGAUCACACGCGAAUGCCUUCGUUAACGACUUACUAAUCACCGACAGACAAUAACUUGGCGGCGGAUGGCCGCGAAUCGUGAGAGGAGUCGCAACGCGCGACACAAAAGGAAAAAGGGGAGCGAGUUCCUCGGGGAUCGUGUUUGCGAUCGCGAGUUCGGUUAAUUAUUGAUCAAUUUCAAAGAACGGUACAUAUCAGCGAAAGCGCGUUGCCUUGCGAUAAAAGGACCGAAUACUGAAGAAGGUAAACCGUAGUGAGGCGCACGUUAUAUUAAUAGACAAUUAUAAAACGACUUAAACCAAUUAGUUACCUUGGCGGCGAUUGAGAGUGGAUGAAAUGGUAGAGUGAAAGGAGAAGAAGGAUGUGAGAUAAAGAGAAGCGUGUGUAGUACCUGUUGCAUCGUAAAAUAUGUGUACGUAUUUCGUAGCGGACAGUGGCGAUAAUAACGAUGGAUAUACGACGGCUUGCGAUAAACUAUUGCGCUGAAUCCGUUAAUCAAAAGCGAUAACACGCGCGAUCGCAAAGUGGUUGAUUAAGAUUUAUUCUUAUCUUCGCGCGAGAGUUGUGCCGUUUCCUCUCUUAUCGUCUUAUUGAGGGAAGAAAAAAGAUUUUAUUUUGUACAUCUCGAAAAUGAGAUAUCACGGUCCCGAAAAUAAAGUUUUACGAUUAGAUAAUACGAGCUUGCAUACCUGAUAGCGGAAAUCAAAGCGAAAUCCAGCGUAAUUUAUCGCGCGUCGUCGUAUCUCGUUUGAUUGUUAACAAUAUGCAUACGCGAAGGCUUGCCUUUUCGGGAUGUCCCCAAGGAGAAGAGCGCUUUUUAGAUUAGUAUCUCUUGCAAGCCAGUCAAAACUUGAGAGGUUUCACUUAAGAUGCGACACCGAGUAUAUAUUUUAGCGAAGUUUUAUACAACGUUUUGAGGAGAUUACAUGUCAUAUAACUUUACGAGAAGUGCUCGAAAAAGUGGAACCAAAACAUUGCCGGGAUUUUUUUUUAGCAAAGCGCGAGUCGCAACGAUUUCACAUACACACAUACGUACGAAGUAAUCCAGGAAGGAUCACGCAAAGCGUAGUACAUUUCGAAAGGAUGAGAGACAAAAAGGGCAGACAUUUAAAAGCGCGAGAAAGAGAACAGGAGUGGAUUUUCGGAGUUCAGAUCCCUGUAUGAUCGGAUCCCAACGAUUUGUAAUGUACAGCUACGUAGCGAUUAGGAAAUAUUAGCGUAAAAAUGUAUAUUGCGUGCAAGUAUUGUAUUAUAUUAAAAAUUUAUUUAGUUAUUUUAUGAAUAAAAAUACAAACUUUGCCGGUUCA